AAUUUGCCAUGCCCAAAAAGUUUAAAAUGCAGUUGUCUCAACUUGUCUUCUUCUUCAUUGCUGAGUGUGGAAACUGGUCUUCUUUCUCAGAAAAGGGUCAUCCAUGGCUGACAACACAAGCGCACUUGUAGAGAAAAAUUACAGUGACAACUGUCCAGGUUGUCGAAUGAAUCGUCUUAAAGAGCAACAGAGAGGUGUCCCUUACAAGAACUUAUCCUAUAUUUGGCUUGUCUCUCUAUGCACUGCCUUGCCGAUAUCAUCGCUCUUUCCAUUUCUCUACUUCAUGAUCAGGGACUUCAAUGUCGCAGAAAAAGAGGAAGAUAUUGGUUUCUAUGCUGGGUUUGUGGGAUCUUCUUUCAUGGUUGGACGUGCUUUGACAUCUGUCUUCUGGGGUGUAGUGGCAGAUCGUUAUGGUCGAAAACCUAUUAUUUUAAUAGGGACAUUUUCAGUGGUUGUGUUUAAUGGUCUCUUUGGCCUCAGUACAAACUUUUGGAUGGCACUUUCAAUGAGAUUUCUUCUAGGAUGUUUCAAUAGUUUACUUGGCACAAUUAGGGCUUAUGCUUCUGAAGUUUGUAGAGAGGAGUAUCAUGCUUUGGCACUGUCUGUUGUUAGUACAUCACGAGGUAUAGGAUUGAUUUUAGGCCCUGCCAUUGGUGGUUUCCUUGCACAGCCUGCAAAGCUUUAUCCCUCUGUAUUUUCAGAAGACUCUAUCUUUGGGAGGUAUCCCUACUUUUUACCAUGCCUAACCAUAUCAGUUUACGCUGUGGGAGUUCUUAUUGCUUGUUGGUGGCUUCCUGAGACACUGCACAAGCAUAGUACAAAGCUAGAUGAAAGUUGUGAUCCAUCUGAUGUGUUGGGAGUUUCUUCAAUUGAAUCUGUUGGCUCAGAAGAUGUUGUAGAAGCUGAAGAUAGAAAAAAAACUCAUAAAGCAAAUCUUUUAAAGAAUUGGCCUUUAAUGUCCACUAUCAUCGUAUAUUGCAUAUUUUCACUUCAAGAGAUUGCAUACACAGAAAUUUUCUCUCUUUGGGCAGUCAGUGGCAAACAAUAUGGAGGUUUAAGCUUUUCAUCUCAAGAAGUUGGUGAAGUUUUAUCUAUAUCAGGACUUUGUCUUCUACUAUUUCAACUUUUAUUAUAUCCACCAGUUCAGAAAAUCCUUGGGCCUCUUACGGUUACACGGUUUUCAGCGGCAAUAUCAAUACCACUGUUGGCAUGUUACCCUUAUAUAGCUAUGCUCUCAGGGGUAGCCCUAUAUUUGGCAAUAAAUUGUGCAUCGAUAUUAAGGAAUAGUCUAUCGGUGUCUCUUGUGACUGGAUUAUUCAUAUUGCAGAAUAAUGCUGUGCCUCAGAGUCAAAGAGGGGCUGCUAAUGGCAUUUCCAUGACUGCAAUGUCAGUUUUCAAAGCAUUUGGCCCAGCCGGAGGUGGUAUUCUGUUUUCUUGGGCACAGAAGCGACAAGAUGCCGCCUUCCUUCCAGGCGAUCAGAUGGUUUUCUUCGUAUUAAACGCGAUACAAUUUCUGGGAUUGAUUCUACUUUUCGUCCCUUUUUAGCAUUACCCCAAGAGUGAACCGCAGGUAACAGUCUGUAGCAUUUAAUAUCCUUAUAAUCAGUUCUUGAAUAAUACUUGUAAUUAUAAUAAUAAUAAUAAUAAUAAAAAAAAAGUGAGAUUUCUUUUAGUAAGUGGGGCUUUAUAACCUACUGUUGGGAGCCGGGUAUUCAGUUAUAAAUCAUUUUCCAUUGUUCUAUCA